ACUUAAGGCUUAAGAAAACUCCAAGAAGUGAUUGAUAUAUUACUCCUCCUCAAAAUAUCAAUACAUUAUCCAGCAAACAAGUGAUGAGAAUACAAAAAUCUAUCAACCAGGUCGAGAUGUAGAGAACAUCUCUAUCCAAAACUUAGGUAACCACAAUAGCCAAUCAGAGCCACGAAAAUAUCACAGGGCGUCAAUAAGAGCCCCAAGCGAAAACAAGCAAACUGCUUGCCAAGCGCGGGAAAACGCGGAAGACCAAGUCGCGAUUGGCUGUUAGUUUUUAAUCUGAUUGGUUGAGAAAGUGGCGUGAGUUUCCUAGACCAAUUACAUGGCGAAAUGAAGCAGAACCAAAGCAAUCUUGAUUACUUUCGACUCCAAUUGAGAAGUAGCUCCAACAAACUUUCUAUAUUUAGUAAAAGCAGUUAGAAGGGAGAAUUGCUUUUAAGAUCUUAAAAGUGAAUACGAUAAUCGUUAACAGGAUCAUAGUCCUAAAACAUUUUUUCCCUGUAAAUAUCAACCACUUACUUGUGUCGUUAUUUACAAUCUCACCCACACCACGCUGGUUUUUCAAUUUCUGUGUCCUUGGCCGUCAAUAUACAAAUAUUUCGGUCAUUAAUAUUGAUAACAGUAUAAGUUAAACUACCUGCUUGACAAUUUAAACAUUUCUGUCAAAAGCGUGUAGAUUUUUUGACAGGUCCACUGAAGGUGAUUCAAUUAUGCACAAGGCUGGAGUUUUAAAGCGAGUUGAUGACCUAAAAACUGCCGCAGAUCCUGCAAGAGAAGCCAUGAGUAAAGUUCAGCAUCCAAAUGAACGUAAACCACAAGGGCCUAGAUCCCAGAGGCCGCCAUUCACCUGGGAGGAGAUUUGUAUGUAUUUGUAUGGACAUACGGCUGUGGAGACUGCAAUGCCUGGAGAUCAGCGGAAGAUUAUCAAGCGAGAGGAAAACAACCCAGAACGUAAGAAAAAGCGAUGUUCUCUACCAAGCCCAUCCAUGGUGUUCCCGGAUGAAGUGAAACUCUGCAAGUCAAGCGUUCCUGGGGCGGAGUUUGGAGUGUGUGCAGCUCAGCCCAUUCCCCCCGGAACUUGGAUCGGUCCAUAUGAAGGCCAGGUUGUUAGGUGCGAUGAACUGCGAGAGGGGGUGCAUAAUAUUUACAUGUGGGAGAUUUACAAAGACGGAAAGUUCAGCCAUUUUAUCGAUGGAAGUGAAGAAUACUUGUCCAGUUGGAUGAGGUUCAUUCAGUGCGCGCGGUAUAGAGAAGAACAGAAUAUGACGGUGUUUCAGUACUGCGGGAAUAUUUACUACCGGGCAUUCAGGCAUAUUCCGGCCGGGCGGGAACUACUGGUGUGGUACGACGAACAAUACUCCGAGUUCAUUGAUGUACCAGCGUUGAUGAAAGCAAGGGUUAUAAAAGAGCACACAGUUCAGUGGAAGCCUCCAGGAAUGGAAGAGGAGCCAUUUUUUGAAGAUGUACGUGACCAGGAGUUUGAUGACCACGAAAGGCCACUAGACCCUUUUGGAUUGGGCCUGAAAGAUCAUGGAGAGCCCCAUAUUUGGAGGUGCGGUCAGUGUACACAGACGUUUUCACAAAGGGUGCUUCUUCAGAUGCAUGUGUGCCCACAGGUGUAUGCAGUUAUUGCGCAAGAGUGCACAGAUGUUUAUGUCGAGUAG